CUUAGUACAAAGUCUGGAUACUGUGUCUAUAGCUUUCUGAGUUGUUACAUCUGAACGACCAUCGCUGGCUGAAAGAAAUGGAAACUACUUUCUAUGACGACUCACUCAACGCUUUCUCCCAGCACGACAACGCCGGCUACGGAUACAGCAACCCCAAAACGCUGAAACACAACAUGACACUGAACCUGUCCGACCCGGCGGGCUCUCUGAAACCUCACCUCCGGCCCAAAGCCAGUGACAUCCUCACCUCCCCUGAUGUGGGCUUACUGAAGCUGGCCUCUCCGGAGCUGGAGCGGCUCAUCAUCCAGUCCAGCAACGGGCUCAUCACCACCACGCCGACCCCGACCCAGUUCUUGUGCCCUAAGAAUGUCACUGACGAGCAGGAGGGCUUCGCCGAGGGUUUCGUCCGAGCCCUGGCCGAGCUCCACCACCAGCACAUGCCGGGCACACCUAACGCAAGUGUCACCUCAGCAGCCCAGACCAGUGUCAACACUGCCCUGCCGCCCGUUUCCUCAGUUGCCGGCGCUACCGUUUACAACAACAACGGUGCCAUGCGCUCUGACUCGCCCGUUUAUGAGGACUUGAACACUUUCAACCCAGCCAUCAGCACCGUCUCGGCACCAAGUUACACAACCUCAGCCCCAACUAUGUCCUUCUCUGCAGCCCCACCGCAGCUUCCCAUCUACGGGCAGCCCUCCGCCGCCCAACUCCCCCGGCUCUCGGCGCUCAAAGAAGAGCCGCAGACCGUGCCCGAGAUGCCCGGGGAGACCCCUCCUCUCUCCCCAAUUGACAUGGAGAGCCAGGAGCGCAUCAAGGCCGAAAGAAAGCGGAUGAGGAACCGCAUCGCAGCCUCCAAAUGCCGGAAGAGGAAACUGGAGAGGAUCUCAAGGCUGGAGGACAAAGUGAAGAACCUCAAGUCCCAAAACUCCGAGCUCGCGUCUACCGCCAACUUGUUGCGGGAGCAGGUGGCCCAGCUGAAGCAGAAGGUGAUGAACCACGUCAACAGCGGGUGCCAGCUCAUGUUAACGCAGCAGCUCCAGACCUUCUGAGGUGUCAGCGGCGGCGGAGAGAGAAAAGACUGUAGUUGAACGAGACGGACGCUUCCUGUGAUAGUGAGUGGCUUUAUCUCCCAAAAUCGUGAAUGGAUUUGGGAUGAUGUGGCGCGACACUGGCAGGACCCGGGACCGCACAAAAGUUCCUGAGUGCCACGGGCUCCCCGGUGGCGCGUCCCAGAGAGGGGCUCGGGACAGUGACAGUAGCCAUGAACCAGAGGGGGCAUGGCAACAAGCAGGAUACCUUUCUGUUUCUGUUUCGUGCUGUUUUUUUGUUUUUUUUUACAGAACUGGACAGGACUGAAAUUUUCUUGAUUUACACCCAGCUCUGCAUGGACCUUGUCAUGACCAUCAAAGGAGAAAUUCAGUAUUAGAGGA